AUGGAGGUGGAGCUGUGUUUGCUAGAGCUCUUGCGAGGAGGGGCCUUCACUGUACAGCCCGUUGGGGUCCAUGGUGAAGUGUUGCCCUCGCACCAGCUGCACCGAAGCUCCGGGGGGCAGCAGCAAGCAGGAGCUGCACGAGCGCGUCAGGAAGCACUGCUGCUGCUGCCUCUGCUACGGAGGAUACCUGGGGUACCUCUAGGAUCGUUGGCAGGGGGGAAGACUGUCACAAGACAGUCGUUGCGUGUGACCAUGCCCGCAGCGAAUUGUUCGGACACCACUGCCGCCGACCUUUGGUGCCGUGCUGCAGCACAGCUUCUGCAGUAUCUACUGCUUAACCGGGAAGCCUUGCAGCUGCAACAGCGGUGGGUGCUGGAGUUGGGUUGCGGUUUGGGGGCUCCCAGCUGUCUCUGUUUCCUCCUAGGUGCCGCGCGAGUAUGCGCAACUGACCACGAUGCCGCUGCUCUCUCUCUUGCGCGCUGCAACCUGAGCCUCUCUUCUGUUUUGAAUCCCCCUAUCGGCCCCGACGCGGCAAGUGCAGGAGCAGCAGAUCGGCUGGCUUCUGCGGCAGUGCGUGCGUUGGGAGAGAUACGAUGUCGCCAGUACCCCCAAAAGAAACAGUUGUGUGUGUCGGAGCUGCUAGAUGCACUUUUGGGAAACCCUAGGACGUCUGUGGGGCCCCUUGAAUGGACCGACAAUGAAGCAGCCGUGCUGCAGCAAGUGCGUGCGGCCGCCGGGGAAACACCAAUUCCACAAGCGGGCUUAGAGAGUCGCUUUAAUCUGAUUCUGGCAGCAGAUGUUCUCUUCUCUGAUAAGGCUGCGAAGGCGCUCGCGUCGACCAUAAAAACCCUAGCGCGCACAGCUCUGGAGUGUGACACUUUGGGGGAUUUUACGGACUCCCCCGCAUUUUUAUGUUUGAUUAGCCAUGAGGUCCGUCACGCGGUGUAUAUGCACCAGAAAGUCAUGAAGGAGGAAGCUGACUCUGCGCUGCGCUCUUUCAUCAGAGAGUUUACUCCUCUGGGAGACUCCCACGGGUCACUUGCCCAGAGAUACGCCAGCAAGCCGUUGAGGCCGGGGGACGAUUCCUUGAUCCAAACAGCAGAAGCAGCAGCACUUAGGCCUGACGGCACGCCACAGAACCUUUCCAGUGGACUUUAUGUACACCUGAUGGAAGGUUCUGCUCCUUCCUUAACGGAAGGAAACCUUCCACAACACAAAAAGCAUUGCCUCUCAGAGGGCAGUGUCUGUAUCAUUGCUGUAGGACCAAACCCUGACGUCCUGCAGAUGCUGCCUGCGACAUCUUCUUUUCCAUCCUAA